AUGGAGGCUUGGCGAUAUCCAUGCUACACCGUCACUGACCUGCAGCUGUACGAAGCCGUCAUACCGCCUGUCGGUGUGGCGGUCGGCGAGAACACCAUCACGUACAGCGAUCAAGGCUACGGCAACACACUCAUGGCAGGCGGUGAUCUAGACGGGGACCACGUGCAAGUCUCGUUCAACGACAAGCUUCUUGCUAUUGUGCGGGCAACUCCAGACAGUGUCGCCCGGCUGGCCCCAUUGCUGAAAACGCUGGAAGACGACAUUGUCGCUUCGGCGGCUUUGCAAACAAUGCACAG